AUAAUAAGAGGAAACGUUGAUUGUUUACUGUCUGUGGCACGCGCAGUGAACCGUAGUUCGUGCGAAGCAAAUCGUGCGUGGAGAGAUAACUUACGCGUAAGGAAAACAUUUUCACACAAAUGGAUUUCCUAUCGAAUCUCAUUAAACGACCUCACAGCAUUGCUGUGCCCGAUUCAAAUUCAGUGGCUGCCGCCGACGCAAAGAAACCAGAUAGGGAGACCGAUCCAAGCUGCAAUUCGAGUGCUCCCACAGCUGAGCUUAGCUCUAGGCACACUUCACCUAGUCCUACAUCGCUGAUUACCUUAGCCAUGAAUCGCUGCUCCCUUGAUACGGAUCUGGAGAAUCUGUUUGAUUCGGCUGCCCAGGAGUUGGAUAGCCUAGAGCAGCAACACAAUAAAUUGAUCGAGCACGUGGAGGCGGCGCCUGUCUCAGGCUCAGAGUCAACUAACGAGCCAACCAAUAGCAAUGAUACCAUCAAACAGCUGCUCAAUGAGAUUAAUUUCAAUUUGGAUCAAGUGAGCGCACGUGAAAUGGAGCAUUUGCAGGCAAUGAGCCUAGAGCUGAGUCCGCUGGCUAUGAAGCCCUCAACGACAAGGCACAGCCUGGAACAGCAGAAGGCACUCGUCGCGGCAAUGCGUUCCACACCACAGCCGGAUACGCCAAACAAGGAUUUGGAACAGCCCUUGCUUAAGUUAACAGGUCUGCCCGAGUUCGACGAGACUCAAAUUCCUGAACUGGCGCCACUCAGUGCCGACCUGGAAGCCGAAUUGAAGGCGGAUGUAAGUGGUGCUCCCACGCUCAGCUCCACGACAGUUAAGUUGAGCGAUCACGAUUACAAUUCCGAUUCGGAUGUCUAUGCCGAGUGCCUCUCGCUGAAUAGCGUCAAGCUUUCGGCGGAUCAGUCUGAGUUGGAAGCUUACUCGAGCGCCUUAAAUGAAGUGCUGGAACAACAGUUGUCCAAUGCGACGGCCACAACGCUGGAAAAUACGCUUAGCGAGGCGAGUACUGCUCAUAACGAUAGUUGCGAGCCCAUGGAUGUGGAUGAUAUAAAUGAAACAAUGGAAAUGCUGAAGGAUGUGCUGGCACCAGAGGAUCAUGAGCUGCUGCAGCAACAGUUCCUAGGAGGCGCAGUACAGCAAAUGCAAAAUCAUCAGCAACAGCAAAUGGCACAACCAGAGGUGCACCACAAGGGGGAGGAAUAUCAAGAGCAGCAUAAGGUGGCGGAUCUGCAGCAGUCAAAGCAAGAACAGAACACGGAGCUGGAACAGGUUUUGCCAAAACCAGAUCCCAUUUCAAUUUCCCCACGUUUAUCAGUACAGCACAUGUCAAAAAAAACGGAGGAGCCUGUGCAAACAGUUUUAGUUCCAGACACUCAAUCCAUAGCUGAAAUUGAGCAUAAAGCUGUACAUAAUGAUCAAACGCUGGAAAAAUUAAUAGAACAACCAGCUCCAGUUUCUCCUUCGCCGCCAUUGGCCACAUUGCAAGCAGCGCCAUCAGCUGUGUCGCCAGUUCCUUCUGCAAUGUCUCAAGUGGAGGACCAAUUAGUGGAGGAGCCCAUACCAGAAUCCGCUCCAGUUGCCAAAUCCUCUUCUAUGCCAGUGCCACCAGUGGAAUCGCUACCCUUAUCGCCGCCCAUACCCACACAUCGUGCUAAGACAGCUAAAGAGUUGGAGGAACUGAUGACUCUGCAGGGAUACGCUCAGCCGCCAGAGGAAACGGAGCAGUCAGAAAAUGAUUUAGCUUCUAAGAAUAGUAGCUCGCCCAUAAAAAAGGAAAGUUUGCAAUCUUCAAUGGCCAUACCCAUUGCUUCUGUGGUGCCCAAACCAAAGUUAUUCCCAACGCUAGAACUAAAUAUAAGCGACUCUUCGCAAGGACCUUCUUCAGCGCCUGUAUCUCCCACCUUCCCAGUCAAGUCACCCGAAGAGUCGCCAACUCACUUUCCACGCUCGCCGCGUGCACCAGCAGAGCGGGAUGAGAUGCCCUACCUCGAGCCAGCCAUUGAGCAGAGGGAGUGCCUAGCCGGCGUCAUAGCCAAAUCGCCGUUACCCGUACAAUUGACGGUAACGAAGCCCAGUCCAGAGAAGCCGCAACAGGAUCAGCAGCUGAACACAACUAUUCCUUUGGGUGGAGGCUCACCACUUAAUGGCACCUUCGACAGUAAUAAUGUGGAGUCGUUUGAUGCGGAUGCUGAACGUUCUGAACGUCGCACAUUUGGCGUACCGCUCGAUGCAAGCUUGGAGCGGCAGCGCCGUACAUUCUCAGUGGUAUUAGAUCAGCCAGUCGAGCACCAGGAGAUACCUAAUCGUCAAAGCAACUCCGCUGCAGCCCAAGUCAACGAAGAAGACAAUCAAUUAAAUUCCACUUAUGGAAUGCCACUGCAAGCAGCUCCGGCGGAGCAGCGACGCACCUUCUCCAUGCAAAACAAUAUACAGCAGUUGGAGCAGCCGGGCAUGCGAAAAACCUUUAACCUGGAACAGGACGCAUCGCCUGCAAUGGAGGCCACCGAGGAGAACAUCAUGUCUGAUGAAUUUGAGCCCAUGGAUGUAGAUAUGUCGCUACGUGGCAAUACUAAUUUAGAACAGACUACGAAAUCUGGCGAUUUUGCCUCCCAGCUGGCCGAGGCCCAAGCUGUGACACUGCCGUCGGCACCGGCGUCGCCGCCUCUGCCCGCACAGCAGCAUGCCCAGCGGCAAAUGAAGUUGGAACAGGAACACCGUUCAUCUCCGCCGCUGCCUGCUCAGCUGAAACGUCCGUCCAUACAUAAGGAUAUACCAGCCAACGCAACGGUUGUGCUCGACGAGCAGAUGCUGUCUAUGAAAGAGCAGCUCAGUGCCGGAGACGAAAAAGAAGAUGUAUAUGUAGAGCACUUUGGUGCCAUGUCUCCCAUUUCAGACGAGCUCUUCAAGCAGCCGCAAUGCAUCAGCACCUUCGCCAAGGCCAACAGGAAAGCGUCCAUCCCAGCCAGCGUACCCGAACAGGAACAAUUCUAUGAUGCUGACUUCCAAGAUGGUGCCAGCAAUAAUAAUAUUAUACUCAAUUCAUCUGAUUUCGAUUAUCUGUACACAAAAGGCAGCAGCAAUGCGCCCGUCGAUCGGAGCUCUUUGCUUUUGAAAUUCGAUCCACUUUUGGGUGCUCCGGUGCCAGUGAAUCAGUUGCCGCAACAGGAGCAAGCAUUGCUCAACAUACUCAGCAACAACAAUAAUAUAGCACGGGCAUUGAGUCCUACCUUGGAGGAGCACGAAACAAGCGGCAGCAACCAUUCAUUCGCAAGCGAAUCAAGUGCCAAAGGAGUCACUGGAGCUCAAAAGGAUUUCAAGCCGCCAGUGGAUAGAACAAAAAAACAUGCUAAAAUGAGUGUGGACGUUAUCGAUAACGAUUGCAACAAAACCUUCGAUAAUUCAAGUCUGAACUCGGAGGAAAAAACACACAAGUACCACAAUAUGGAUGAGCUUGAGAAGAAAAUAAAAAAUGAAGUCACCCGCUCCGAGGACAUUGAAAAGAAACUCAAAGAGGCCGAACAGCGCGAAGAGGCUCUUGUCAAACGGAUUACAGAAAAGGAUAAAAUAAAUGCAAAACUCAACGGCGUCAUUGAGGCCUACGAGAAAGCAAUCGCAGAACUUAUACAUGACAAGGAGCAGCUGGUGCAAAACCAUGAAAGGCAAAUGCAGGAAGUGCAAGCAGAUCGUGAUGCCAAUUAUCAUCACCUAACGUCGCUGGAAACGACAUUCUCAGAUCUCCAUGUCAAGUACGAAAAGAGCAAGGAGAUGACCGCACACCUGAAGCAGAUCGAGGAGAACCUCCUGGAGGAGAAGAAGAGAUCACUGGAUAAAUUGCGACAGCAGGAGCAACGAUAUGAGCAAAUGAAAAGCCAUGCCAUGCAGCAAAUGGAAAUUGCCAACAAAAAGCUGGCCCUUCUUACAAAAGAGCACGCGGAUGAAAUGAAAAAGUUGAAAGCUUUACUCAAAAAGGAGGAAGUGUCGCGCAUUUCAACAGCAGAGCAGCUGCAGCAAAAAUCAAGGGAGAAUGCGGAUCUGCUAAAGAUAUGCGAGGAGCUUAUCUAUGAUAAGGGACAAGGUGGUAGUAGUUAAACUUCACCCGAGUGGAUUAUUUUGCGGCCUGAAUGUAUUUUCUACAUAUAUUUUACGCUGUUAACGCGCACACAUACAUGCUCUCUCACACAUACACAUACACACAUAGAAACACUCACAUAUUACGGCAUGUGGAACGCAUGUUUGUCGCAUGUUCACUCACCGAUUCGCGUACUAUCUCAUUACAUUUUGUAAUUUUUGUUGUGUGCUCUCGUGAAUUGAUUGAGAACUUCAUAUUAAAUCUCAAUUAUUAAGCUGUCGUCUAUUUUGAACUGGAGGAGUUGCCCCAAACACUAUGUCUAACUAUCCAUAUAUAUGUAUAUUGUACUACUUCUAGAUUUUUAGUUUACACACACAACACCAGCAACAACAACAGUAGCAGUAACAGUGCGCCGAGCUGCAAAUGAGUUCCACACAAAAGUUGAAAUCCACACACUCGCCUCACUAAUGGGUGUUCGCUCCCCUCUCCUCAAAAUGUUACUAAUUUCUUUCGAAUCUGCCUUUUGUUUAAGUUUCAUGAUAUUAAUAUGUUAUUUACUGAAAAUUCGAGUUAAUUUUCAUGCUAAAUAUCAGAUGAUACUUUUUCCCCAUACACAAACACACUCACAUACUUUGAAUUGUUUGUUGUGUUUUAUAAAAUGAUGAAAAUUAGAAAGAAACUUGGCAACAACUAAAAUAGAGAUGAAAACAGCGUACGCUCGAUGCGUGCCUUUAUUAAUUGUUUAAGUUUAAAGUUAGUUUAAUUUAAAUUAAAAAAUUUGUAAUAAUUGUAUUAAGCUUGAAAUUCUGUAUUACAUAAUAGUACUAAAACUAAAAGCAUAGAAAAAAAAAACAUAAAUCAUUACAAAACAGAAAAAAAUCUAUUUAU